AUGGCGAGCCAUCCAUCCCCCGGCCAGCCUGGUAGUGCUGCAGCCAACUACAAGCGUGCAAGUCGCAGAGGUGCUCCUCGGCGGUUCCCCUGCGAACACCCGGGUUGCGACAAGUUAUACUCGAGAGCAGAGCAUCUCCAGAGGCACCAGUUGAACCGUGAGUCAACUCCCCUGUCCAACAACCCCAAAGAAAUCUUCAUUUGCGAUAUCCCUGGUUGCGACCAAAAGUUUGUUCGUGCUGAUCUGCUGUCGCGUCACAAAAAGCGUCACUCGUCGUCGUACAUCCCUCGAAAUCGCGCGCCCAGCUUUGCCUCUGCCGCAUCUGGCAACCAAUCCGGCCCGGCUGUGUCAUCUCCGACUUCAGGCGCACCACCACGGCAAGCAUUUCCCCAGCCUUCAACAGGCGGCCCUCACGAUGCCGCCAUCCUGCUUACUCCCGACUCUGCUACGCCCACGCCGACAACGGGUGCAUCAAACCCGUCCCUUGCUCAGCAUGUCAAUAGGAUCAGCCAACCUACCACAUGGCCGUCCAUCGAUGAUAUGGCUGUCGAGAUGAUGCGACCGAAGCCCGCUUACUACGGACGCGACCAGAUGACCCUCCCCGAGGCACCACCUCUUAUGCCGUCGUUUGACCCGAGAGGAUUCCAGCCUGACGAGGCACUCUCACGGGAGAACUUUGCCGUCUGGCUAUUUGACUCUCAAGCAAGCUUCAGUGACUUUAAUGGAGUCGCUAAUCUUCCCUUCCUCGAAGGCGGCCUUGAAUCAACUUUCAACAAUAAUAUUCCCUAUGACUAUGAGUCAUUGACGAGUCGUUCACAGCUUGAUCCGACGCCGCCUCGGCAAGUUGAAGUUAGUGACGAACUUAUCAGUGAGCACCGGCGGCAGGAGGUCCUGAGGUGGUUGAAGGUCUUCCGACACAAGCAGCCCAAGUACGAACCGCGUAUAGAGAGCAAUGGAGACCUGCCUGCUCUGAGUCUCGAGAUGAUGAGAGAUUGUUUACAAGAAUAUUGGAAGAGAAUCUCGCCACGCUUGCCGAUCCCAACUUUUUCUUCGAAUCGCUGCUCCAUCUUCUUGCUACUCGUGAUGAUUGCUUUGGGAGCUGCGUCAUUGAGCAGCAGAGACUCGACUGGCAACUUAGAACCUCGGUGGGAAAUCCUCACCCACGAGGAAGCUUCAGCGCCGGUGGGCCUGUCCAUAGCUCAAGCAAUGCUGUUGCUCGAGUUCUACGAGAAGAUAUUCUCCUCCAGACGCAUGCACGAGAGAUCGCAUAUAUACCACUCGGCCCUCUUGAAUCUUCUUAGGAGAGGAAGCCCUCUAAUUGGACGAGCAGGAAGCGAAUCACCCCCAGAGGAGGAAGCCCCAGCGCCGAACGACGGACCUUCGGACUCGAGAACGUGGUGGGUCCGAUGGGCCGAGAGCGAAUCCAUGCAUCGCGUCGUUUUUGCGGCCUUCAUGAUGGACACUGUUCAUGCAGCCAUGUUCGGCCACAACGCCGACAUGGCUCCGCACGAGAUCCGACUUCCCCUGCCAUGCGACGAUGGCUUGUGGACAGCCGCGACCCCGAAUGUCUUCCGACAACUCGACGGGAACUACAGAAUGUACGGUAUCAAGCAGGUGUCCUUCCUCGAUGGGCUGAAAAGUGCUUUGCAUGGGCAGGAAGUCAAGACACACACUUUUGGACGCAUGAUUAUCAUGUCGGGGCUGCUUAGUGUCGGGUGGCAUCUGUCUCGUCGAGAGUCUCACCUCAAGUGGCUUGACCUGCGUACACCCAGCACGGAAACCCACGACAGCUGGAAAAAGAUACUUUUCCGCGCUUUCGACGAGUGGAAAGAGUCUUUUGACAGCGCUGUUGGUGCCAACGAUCUAUCCGAAGGGCUAGGACAGCCACCAAGCUCCAACGGACCCAUCCACUCGGCCGCUGUUCUCUACCACCUAGCCCAUAUCAGUCUUCACGUUGACAUCGUAUAUGCCGGUGCAAAGCGACUGGUCGGUCGCAAAGUCUCAACUCGCGAUCAUGCCAAUGCUGUUGCAAGAAUGAGGACCUGGUCGAAUGCACCAUCCACCAGACACGCCGUUUUGCAUGCCUUCAGACUGCUCUACCGGGUUCUUGUAGACCACAAAAACCCAAAACGGCGGACGAGCAGCUUCGGCGCUCUGCCUGAACCCGUAUCAGUUUACUACUCCUGCCGCAGCGAGCCGGAUCCUCAUCGGCCGUGGAUCAUGUACUAUGCGGCCUUGACGAUAUGGUCUUUUGUACAGGCUCUGGGUAUUCCUAAUAGGAAUACGCCCCCGGGAAGGUAUAGCGAAAUUGCUCGUUACCUGGCCUAUUUCUCGAGUCUAGAGGAAUUGAAUGAAGAGGCUACGCGGGACCUUAACGAAAGGUUGCCGGAACUGCUGGACUUGCUUGAGACUAGCUUCAAGCAGUCGCACUCGGAGCUCCUCAGAGAGGCCAGUGAAAGGCUCAAACUUUGCCGCGAGAUGUUAGUAUGA